AUGUCAAGUAGGACUCGAGGUAAAAGAGGUCCACCUCCUACGGUCGAACCAGUAGCUGAAUCAUCAACGUCCACUUCUCGCUCGAGGACAAGGACGAAACCGACUAAACCUGAACCUUCACCCGAGAUUGUCGAGGAAGACUUCAGCUUGGGUGAUGAAGAAGCUUUAGCAUUAGGAGAAGCUGAAGAUGAUGUGUUAGAUCACGAUCAAGAUGGAGAAGAUGAGGAGGAGGAAGACCCAACACCAUCAAAAGCUAGAUCUGGAAGGAAAGGUAAAAGCAAAGGUAAAGGCAGAGGAAGACCUGGUUUCAGAGGAAAACCGAAAUUACAAGUGGAAGAAGAUGAAGAUGCACAAGGAGAAGAUGAAGAAGAAGAGGAAGAAGAUGCUGAGGAGGAAAUCAAACCUUCCGGCUCUAGAAGAUUAAGGAAAUCAGUCAGUUAUAAAGAAAUCCCUGUGGAAUCACUUGAUGUAGAAGAACAGGAUGAUGACAAUGACGAAGUUGCAAUUGGUGAUGAAGAAGAAGAAGUACAACCUAGGAAACGAAAACCUCCAAUUCGAUUAUCAUCUCAAUCAUCUUCUACACCACGCAAGAAAUCCAGGCCGUCAAUCAAAGCUACACCCUCGAAUAGUACUAUACCGAUAAUACCUCCAGGGGCAGAUGAUGGAGAAGAAGAUGGGGACGAAGACGGCGAAGACGAGACAGAUUCACCAUACAAAUUGGAAAAGAUUCCAGGUGGAUCAGGUAGAGGUGGAUUUAGCGUUAAAGGUGCUGCUGCAGCUGCUGCAAGAGCAAGAUGGGAUAAAGUAAGAAGAGAAAAAAUUGAAAGAGGUGAAGAUCCAGAUGAACCCAGAAGUAGUGCUAGAAAACCAAAAAGAGUUAGAGUACCCAUUCAACCAGAUGCAGAUACGGUAGAGAUGGACUCAACAGUCACUAUAAAAGGAGAGGAAUAUAAAGUUGGUGACGAUGAAGUGAUAUUGCCAGACGAUGUUAAAGGAGAUACAAAGGUUGAUGCAGAAGGUAGAUUACAAGGUGGCCGGGAAUAUAAACUCGUAACAUUCACUUCUGAACAUCGGCGUAAUCCUCAACGAUUGUACGCUAUGACUAUAGAUGCAGCAAGAGCAUGUGGAUAUACCGAUUCAUUAGCUUUUUUGAGAAGAUGUCCUCAAAUAUUGAAGUUGUCAUGUACGGCGGAAGAGAGACAACUGUUGAUUGAUAUAGGUAGAAUAGCAGGGAAUUUGAGACAUCGUCAAGUUACCAUGGUAUCAGUAAGGAACGUAUACAAACUCAUGGGUGCUAGAGUGAUUAAAGGAGGUAAAUGGGUAACAGAUGAUUACUAUGAGGAUGAAGCGUUGAUUAAAUGUCAAGAAAACGGAUGGGAACCAAAUACUUUAGCUGAAGAUGAAGAAUCAACAGCACAAGCUAAUACACAAGCGUCCCAUUCAACCAAACAACCUGUUUUAGGUGACACAACCAGAACAUAUACGUAUAACCUAACACCGUUCUAUACGAUAGGCGGACCGACAACUACGUUCGCAGGGAAUGGAGUUGAUCCAUGGUCAGAAGCAGGAUGGGGAAACAAGAGACAAAAGUUAAAAGGGAGUGGUGUGACCGAAUCUGAUUGGAUAUUUCGUACGGCUGAACAAGCAAGAAGGAUUGAUGAUCAAUUAAAAUCAUAUAGAAAUGAGAGAUUAUCGAUUCUAGAAGGCACAGAUUCCAUCAAUUGGGUAUAUAAAAUUGAGAUGCAAUCGGAAGAAAAAGAAGCUGAAGCAGAAACGGAAAUAGAGCCGGAAAUACAAAACGGUCUCUUAAUGCCAAAUUUGGAUAGGAAAAGAAGUGGUUUAUCUCAAGAUGUCACUAGAGAAUUGACGCAAGAACUGGAAGAACAAGAUACGUCAAAGGAUGUAGAGAUGAUUGAUGUUGAUCGAGAGACCGAUAUCGAAAAACCUAAAGGUCCCGAGAUCAUAGUGGAACAACCUAAUGAGAUCAGUAAUAAGUUUCAUUGGGGAUUGGGUACUUGGGCAAAAGGUGUCAUUAAGGCUGCUUACGAGCCUCAUACACAAAUGCCUCAUGUACCACUGCAUACUCAACCGACUUCAGCUACAUUUGAUAGAAUAUCAUAUCAUCCGAUCAUAUCGUCUCAUUCAUCGUCAAACAAUCAUGCUCAAUCCACUUUAAUGGGACCAUCUUCAAGAGGAAUCGCGAGUGUGGAAUACGUGUUUGAAAAUUCAGAGACUGACGUGAAAGAAACGAGAGAGAAAGUAGUCAGAGAUGCAAUAGAAUGGGAGAAGGAAAUGAGGAGAAGAAGAAGGUUGAAUAGUGAGGAUGUGUGA